GCCCCCUGCGACCGAGUGAAUCUGUCUAUAAACUUCCGACUCUGAUAAUGUAAAUGGCUUGUCUCUCGAUAUCACCUCGGUGGAAGCGACGUUAAAUAAAGCUAUUUCACACAAUAAAAACGAGUAAGGCCCUUGUUCCAGUUCAUAAACGUUGGUACGGUCGAGAAAGCAGUCGAAAGAACUAGACCCUAGUCCUACAGAGUCUUUAUAAAAUGUAGUGGGUGCUAAUUGCUCUUUUGUACAUUUAGCACUGUGAUAAACAUUCAAUUAUAGUAGGCCUACAAUAUAGCCUAUCUCCAAAUUUCUAUUUUAAAGUAUUUUCAUCCAAUAACAUAGCCAAUGUAGGCCAGGACUAUGUAAUUUUCUGUCAAAAUGAGAGCUUUGGAUGAAAAUAUAUUUUAAUAAGAAAGGAAAUCACGACAGCCUGGAAACAACUGUUAAUAACUGCAUCCAACAAUUUUAGGAUUAGAAUAGUUUCUAUAGUUAAUGAAUGUAGCACCUUUCAGCAUCAGAGUCAGAGCGCCUCCACCCCUGCAGCAACGCUUCCACUGCAGCCCCCACUAACUAGUGACAUUGACUCAAGUGAUGUCGUAUUGGCACCAGUUAACACCUAUGUUAUAAAUGUUAUCUAUGGUAUAUUGUCAACACCAGCAACUCAAGAAAAAAGUAAAAACAUAUGGUUGAUGGAAGCUCAAUGGAGGAAGACAGGAUGGAUGAAAGCAAUCAUCACAAAAAUGCUGCUAAAUCAGAUUUUAUGAAAGUUUUAGUGAAAAAUCUUCGAGCGAUUUGCAAUGAUUAUUUUCCAUUUGAUCAAAAUAUAGAGGUCAUAGGACACAUAUAUCUUAAAGUAGAUUGUAGCGCGAAAUUCAACUACUUUUUAAAUGAAGUCUUGGCUAAAACUGGAUCACAAGAAACAUUAGUCACAAGCAAUAGUUUUCAUGCGGAACCUGAUUCACACGAUGUCCAACAGGGUGUUCUGAUUUCAUGCAAUGCAGAGCAAAACAAAUCAUUAACUCGAGCCAAGACAACAUUUCAAAAAAGGUCUACCAAGCCAAUAGAAUCUUCAACCAUAUACAGCACACCAAAUACUUCACAAGUCAUAUCAAAUGACACCAUACUGAACCAAAAUUCGCAGUGUAAGAAAUAAGAAUACGCUUGGUAUUGUAGAAACUCAGCCAACAAAAACAGAAAAAUCACAUUCUUCAGAAAUGAAUCAUCCUGCUAAUGAAGCUGAUAAUGAAGAGAUGUAUUCAUCGCUUCAUACUUGGUUUGCUCCUCCUGAAACAUCAAUCACAAAAGCUGGAAUUAGACGCAGAGCUAAAAACAACUACUACAGUCCAGAAAUACGUGCCAAAAUUGGUCGAUAUGCAGUGGAACAUGGAAAUUCAUUAACGGCAGAAAAAUUUUCUAGAGAAUUAAAUAUGGAUGUAGGUGAGAGUACUGUACGAUCAAUAAAGAAAAGGUACUUGAUGUCCGUGCAGGAAAUGGAUACUGAGAUAGAAGCUUUAAAGUCGGCACCACGUGGUAGACCCCUUAUGCUGGGAGACAUCGAUAAGAAAAUAGUUCAGCUAGUAUCAGAAAUUCUCCAGACAGGUGGAACAGUAAAUGGCACCAUUGUGACUGCUAUUGCCAAAGGUGCUGUGAGAAGGGAAAAUAAAUCUUUGCUUCGUGAAAAUGGUGGCCAUAUUGAUAUUACUCGUGCCUGGGCACAAUCAUUUUUAACUAGAAUGGGUUUAGUGAAACAUAAAAGUGAGAGGACCGCAGGAAAAGUUGCACAAGACAUCGGCAACGAUAAAAGUACCUUUCUAGACAAUAUUAAAAAAUGUGUCAGUAAAUAUGGUAUUCCAAAGGAAUUGAUAAUUAAUUUUUCUCAGGUGCAUCUCAACAUUGUGCCAGUAUCAAACUGGACAACCUCAAUUGAAAGUUUAUCUAGUCAAACAAAUAAAGACUUGGAAAAUUGUGAAGUAACUGCUGUUCUGGCAUCGACUGCAUCAGGAAAGUUGAUUCCUCCAUUGGUUUUGUAUGGCGGUGAAACAGACAUAUGCUGUCCAGAAUAUCAGUUUCCUAACAAUUGGCAUGUCUCACACAUAAAUCAUCAGUGGGAUGAACAAUCCAUGAUAGAUUAUGCGAAAAAUGUGCUCAGACAAUAUAUAGAUAACAUAAAAAAAGAACUUGGACUGUCAAGAACGCAGCAGGCUCUGAUUAUUUCGGAUGUUUAUAAUUUAGAUCAAGUUAACAGUAUUAUAAAUAUUCUCAAUGAAUGGUCCAUGAUACCUUUUUUUGUACCUGCUGGGUAUGCUGAGGACUUACAACCCAUGGAUUUGGGUUUUAACAGUGAGUUUAGAAAUUUAGUCCAAAACGAAUUUUGCGAAUGGUACGCGCAUUGCAUUGAAAAAGAACCAGACAGUUGUGUUAACUUAAAUUUUAAGUUAUUAGCUCCUUUACAUGCUGGUUGGAUGGUCAAAACAUUCAAUACUAUGCAUAACAACAAGGACGUGAUUCUAAGUGGUUGGAAAAAAACAGGAAUUUUAGAAGUUUAUGAUUCAGUAACUUCAACGGAUUGUGGGGCAAAAGAGGCUGUGGACACUAAUGAACAUUCUGUUUUGGAUGCUGAUAUUAAUGUAAAGCAAGAAAAGUUUGUGACAUGAGAAAUUGCCAGUGGCUAUUUGUUAAUUAUUUUGAAACCAGACUUUAUCUAAUUUUUUUCAAGUCCAGUUUUGUUUGGAUUUGUACAUUAAUUGAACAAAAUCACAUAACAUGUGAUAUAUAAAAAAUUCUACAAAAAUAUAUCUUAGAAAAGAUUAUAUUUUGUCAUAUAAACAGUGGUAUAGUUAUCUCUCUGAUCUCCAUGAUCUUUAUAGGCUCUAUCAUUCAGUCAAAUAUUCUACGAAUAUUAGUCUGGCUGGGUUGUCAACAUUUGAGAAUAACUAGGUCUUUAAACAUACAUUAUGCAAGAGCUAAAUCUGAUAAUUGCAAGUCUUUAUUAAGGCUUCAGAUGUCAUAGAAAUUAUAAAUUAGAUCUUUAUUUACACAACAAGCACAAAAUCAACUCUGUAGACCCACGGAUGGCUUGGAUUUAAACAGGAUUUCAUUGAUUGAUUAAAUUUUUAAAUGGCGUCUUAAGCGGAGAUUAACCGUUAAUUGGACGUAAUACUCCGGGAAAUUUUAGAUCGAGGCUGAAUGAUAGAGUGUACGAAGCGAGGCCGCUGUUGAGCAAGGCCGCAUAUGUCGGUCAAUUUGAUUGAAAGUUCGCUAUAUAUGGCCUUGAUAUUAUGUUUAUUUGUGGUUAAAAUGAGAGUUUGGAUGUCGGUAUUAUACGCUCUUUUGUCACUUGCGUUUACAGAAAAAUUAUGGAAAUUGAUAAACAUCGCAGCUAACAUCACCCCAGUGGCAGUUGAAUUUCAGCCCAUGCAGACCCGUUGGAUCAAUGUUUCCUAUUUCAAUUUGUCUGCUUCGCUAGUACACGCAGGCUAACAAGAUUGAAGAAGUCGGCUAUAAUUAUACCUCAUUGAUUUGGUCCAUUCCUUUAAAACUUUCGCUUAUUAUCUAUAUAAUAAAAGUCCUAUUUUUAAUUUGUAGUAAAAAUAAAUGUGAUACGAAUUGAAAACGUUACUUGAUAAUCGAGAUUAUGUAGGUUGAGUUAACGCCUGUCAAUCAAACGGCCUGCCUUCUCGUAGACGGUGAAGAGGGAUUUGACUCCUAUUUCUAGUCAAAAAUUACAAUGGUGAUAACUUUGGUCAGAAUAAAGUAAUUUGACUGAAAUUUUCAAUAUAUUCUUCUUUUAUCAUCUAUUUUUGAACUGUUAUAGCAAGAAUGGCCAACUCUCUAUUAAAAUCUCCCAUAAUGUAUCUUUAAUUAGCUAGAUUAUCCGUUCUUUUAAUUAUCAUGAAUUAGGGGAGACCCUAAAACAGUAUGUCGAUGCUGAUGAAAUUAAUUUAAGAAUGAAAUUAAUUUAAGAAUUGCCAUUUCAGAAAAUCCAUUUGCAUUGUAAGUCCAAUAUCCAACAAUUUUUUAUUAUUAACUUUCUAUCUUCAUAUCUAUGAUUUUUUUAAAAUUAAUCCUAAUAAGUCAUCACGAUUCAUGUUUGUUUAUAAUAAUGUUAAUUAUGGGAUUUAUUUCGGGAAGGGGCACAACUAUUACUUGACCACGAUAUUUACUGGAAAAUUAACAACAUAAGAAACCAAACUCCUGGUUACAUAUGGAACUCUUUAGCAAAUGUUGACCCAGACCCUCCCUGUGUUAAAGACUAGAAGGUUCUGGGUGAUCAAGACUAUGAUCUUUAUUUUGUACAUGGACCUAUAUAGUGACACAGAGGUAAUUAUUGUGGUACAAACAUCCAUGCAUAUUUCAAUAUUUGGUGUAAGAAUACACAAUGAAACAAUUUUACUACUGUUAGAUUAAACAAUAAAAUUUAUACUGGUUGUGAAAUUUGUAACAUUGUUUGUAUGUCUUGAUAUGAAUUACUUCCCCCUUGGUCAUUACCUCAUAGACAUUUAGAUCUAGAACUAAAAUUGUUGUGAGAUAUAUAGCCAAAGACACCUGAAACAUAAUGAAAAAGUUGUUAAUGUAUCAUGAAAUAUCCAUGUUUAUUCAAAGAGUUGUUCUGUGUGUCAUGAAAUAUCCAUGAUUAUUGCAAAAAGUUGUGCAUGCUCUAACAUCAAAUGUUAUCUACCGAUCUGUAUGUAAUUUAUAUGCCUCAUUUAAAUUAGUAAAAGAAUCCUAUUGAAUUCAGCAAUUUCCGUUAAUUAUAUCUAGAGUUACGGCCCUUGUUUGACUUUGGUGAACCCUCUAAUGCUAAAAAUUAUCAUCCAAUAAUUUAUAUGCAUUAUUUAAAUUAGUGAAACGAAUAAGCCUAUUGAUUUUCAGCAACUUCCAUUAAUUACAAGAGUUAUGGCUCUUGUUUUACUUUGUGAACCAUCCGAUCUGUAUGAAAUUUAUAUGUAUUAUUUAAAUUAAUAAAACGAAAAAUUACUUCCAGA